ACCAUUGCCUAUAAACAUAUUACGCGUCACAUUCAAUCAAAAUUUCAUCAGAUUUUCUCUAAUAAUUUUCUAAUUAUAAGCGCUUUUGUGAGAUCCGAUUAAAUAUGUUGCUCCGAAAUAUCGAAUUGGAGAAGGCCGCCUGCAUGUUGGUGAACUGGUACGACCAGCUGAAAAAGAACACCAUCAAAUCCUACAUCAUUCCGAUUCCGGACGAUGUCCUGACGUAUCUUCGACAGGACAUGGUAAUUCUGCCGAAAGAAUGUUCCAAUCUUCAUUCAUCGGAGACCAACAAAGUUAAGCAUUAUAAUUCAUACGACGACCAAUUCAGCGACGACGAUGAUGAUGCAGAUCUGCCAGAAUUCCCGGCCUUCAGUAAGAUGCUUGCCGAUGCCAUUGAGAAACUGGGUGGAUCGGCUUUCCCGAAAAGCGAUUGGCACUGCCCGAAAGAUGCCCAGUGGAUCACCCUGGGGCAGUCGCUCUGCGUGAAAGACAUCACCGAUCUGUAUCAACUGUUGAAAGCGUCCAGCUUCUGCAAGGACGAUUUCGCCGAGAGGUCCCCCGUCAAUGCCAGUGGGUAUCACAUUGUACUGAAAAAGUGGCGGGACAUCCACCCGGGAUCGGAGUUCCGAUGCUUUGUGAAGAACAAAUCACUGGUGGCAAUUUCACCCAGGCAUUGGCCAUCGUACCACGAACACAUAGCUGCUGAGCGAAGCGACAUAGUCAGUGAUAUAGUUUCCUUGUACAAGGAAAAGAUCAAGGAAAGCUUUCCUUUGAAAGAUUAUGUAUUCGACGUCUAUCGUCCGGCGAAGGAUCACGUGGUGAUAAUGGAUUUUUCCCUGUACGGAAAAGGCCAUUCCGAUAGUCUGGCAUUUGACUACGAUCAACUGGAUGCGGAGGCAGCGACGGCCACCAUCGAGGAGGAAGACGAUCCCGAAUUCCGCUACCUUCCGGAGGAUUGCGGUAUACAACCGAACCGGAGAAACAACUACGGAUUCCCGCAGGAUGUUAUCGAUAUGUUUCAAGGCACAUUGGGCGGAGCUUCCACUUCGUCCGGUGCCGGCGGUGCCGAAGGCGAUAGCAGCAAUCUGAUCAACCGGUUGAUGGGAGAGUGGCAGCUGCAAGCGAAAGAGGAUGACAGCGAUGAUAGUAACCGACAAGAGUAAU